AAUCAUGAGCGGCAGAGGAAAGGGAGGAAAGGGACUCGGCAAAGGAGGCGCUAAGCGUCACCGUAAAGUCCUCCGUGAUAAUAUCCAGGGAAUUACCAAGCCCGCCAUCCGCCGUCUGGCUCGCCGUGGUGGAGUGAAGCGCAUCUCCGGUCUGAUCUACGAAGAGACCCGCGGUGUGCUGAAGGUCUUCCUGGAGAACGUGAUCCGUGAUGCCGUCACCUACACCGAGCACGCCAAGAGGAAGACUGUGACCGCCAUGGAUGUGGUCUAUGCCCUGAAGAGACAGGGACGCACUCUGUACGGCUUCGGAGGAUAAAAACCGACUUUUGUUAUCGACACACAAAAGGUCCUUUUAAGGGCCACACAUUUGUAACGUAAAGGGCAAUUUUCCGUUAAAAACGUAUGGAUUUGUGACAUCCAGGCACACAUCUCAAGUAGCCAUACAAUUCCCUGCACAUAUCAACUUCCUACGUGUUACUUUGUUCUAGUGGUAACAACACUAGCUGUGCAUUGAUAAAUACAUUCACUCAAUUCACAAAACCUACAAUUUCCUGAACAAUAGUUCAUCUGAAAUUUGAUUCAUGAAAUCAAUAUGGACAGUGAGUUAAAUAAACAAUUAG